GUUUUCUUUGUCCCGGAGCAUGAAGUGAGUUGUUUGACUUGAGUCCGUCAAUCUAGAUGUCAAAGAUUGAGUUUCAGAGAGUAGACGUCUGAAACACCCCCACAAAAGACUCCCAGCCCUUCUGUCACUCAACGCAGUGACUUCUGGAAUUUCAGCGAGACGAGAGAGAGACACUCACGAGACGAGAGGACAGACGCUGCAGACUUCAUCCUGCAGACACACGAGAGAAAGCAAACAGAAGAGAGAAAGACUGCGUAGACAUAAAGAAGGCUGUUUUAAAUCAUGAAACAUUUGACGUGGAUCGGCGCUCUGUCAUUUCUGCUUUAUUUCUCCUCAGGAUCUGCAGACUACAGACAAAGUCGUCAGAGUUUGGCAGGUGUUUGCCGUUACGGCAGCAGACUGGAGUGCUGUUAUGGAUGGAAGAAAAACAGCAAAGGGCACUGUGAAGCUCAGUGUGACCUGGGAUGCAAACAUGGCGAGUGUGUAGGUCCCAACAAAUGCAAGUGCUUCCCUGGAUACACCGGAAAAACAUGUAGUCAAGAUCUGAAUGAGUGUGGUCUAAAGCCUCGUCCCUGUGAACAUCGCUGUAUGAACACCUUUGGUAGCUACAUGUGCUACUGCUUAAAUGGAUACAUGCUGAUGCCUGAUGGCUCCUGCGCAAACUCGAGGACCUGUUCUGUGGCUCACUGUCAGUACGGCUGUGAGGAGGUGCAGGGCGAGAUCCGCUGUCUCUGUCCGUCUCCUGGCCUGCAGCUGGGAUCUGAUGGGAAGACCUGUGUGGACAUUGAUGAAUGUGUGACUGGGAAAAACCAGUGUCCGUUCAACCGUCAGUGCACCAACACGUUUGGAAGCUACUACUGCAAGUGCCAGACGGGUUACGAUCUCAAAUAUGUCAGUGGAAAAUAUGACUGUGUUGAUAUUAAUGAAUGUGUAUCCAAUACACAUAAGUGCAGUCAUCACGCCGAGUGCAUCAACACUCAUGGAUCCUACAAGUGUAAAUGCAAGCAGGGUUUCCGUGGCAGUGGAUUUGAUUGUUCAGUCAAGCCUUUUUAUCACAGAUCCUGGGCAAGUGAGAAAGGAAAUACAGAUGUGUUUCUCAAUGCUAUUCCUGAUUUCCCUUCCAAAACUCGAAUUCUGGGCGGAAAGUUUGACAACACCAUCCCCGAGCCUGCGGUGACCGAAUCUCCACGACUCCACCUGCAGCCCUUCGACUACGACAGCGAGGUCUACAUCAGCCCUUCGGAACAGACGCCCGAGUUUCCAGAGGAGGAGAAGUUUUAUGAUGAAGAAGAUGAGGAGGAGGAGGAGGAGGAAGAUGACACGGGAAACCAGCUGGAGGGCGAGGAGCUGAACCCCAGAGGAGACGCUUUCUUUCCAGAUGAGUUUGGUCCAGAUUCAGAGCCGAAGGAGAUCCAGGCCGCGCCGCUGAGGGAAAGAUUCCUGACGGACUGUGACUUUGAUCGCGGUGCGUGUGAAUGGGUGCAGGAUAAUGAAGACGAUCUGGACUGGACUGUCAAAUAUCAUGAAAACGGACGUGAAUAUUACUUGGCCCUCUCCGGUCCUGUGGGGAACAGGAAGGAGCAGGCGAGGAUGAAGCUGCUGCUGGAUGAUUUUAUGCGUCAGAGCAGUUUCUGUCUGACGUUUGAUUACCGCAUUCAAGGGCAGAACAUGGGCAUCUUACGGGUGAUGCUGGACAACAGUGCUGUCGCUGUUUGGGAGAAACGAAACCCUCGCAAUCAGAGCUGGCAGUCAGAGAAGAUCACCAUUAACUGGACAGAAAACACUCCAGACGCUAUCAUCUUUGAGGCUGAGCGAGGGAAGUCUGUUAGUGGAGAGAUCGGUCUGGAUCAUGUGGCUCUGAUCUCUGGACCCUGUUUGGAUGAUAAAACCAUCGUCUUUUAGCAGAGCCAUGAAGGAUAUCAUUUAGUUUGUUCCUUUUUUAACCAUCACAACAACAACAACAGACAGAUUUAGCUGUUGUCCAGCUUUUAGAAAAAGCAGGUACAAACCUGCAUGAAAAUAAGGAAAAUUACAUUUAUUGAGUGUAUUGAGUAUUGACAUUAUGUUUUCUGAUUGUAGGAAGAUAUCAGUUACUAUUUGUAUGAUUAUAUAAACACUGUAACAUUAUAAUGGCUGUAAAUUUUGCUUUACAUUAAAAUAUUUUAAGAGAUUUAGCAUUUUUA